AUGCAGAGGGUGAGAGCCAGGGGAUCCACAGGGAUCCAGAGGGAUCCAGAGGGAUCUAGGGAGGGAUCCAGGGGGAUCUGGGAGGGAUCUGAGGGAUCCAAGUACCUGGACAUCCCCAAGAUGCUGGACGCAGAGGACAUCGUGGGGACGCUGCGGCCGGACGAGAAGGCCAUCAUGACCUACGUGUCCUGCUUCUACCACGCCUUCUCCGGGGCACAGAAGGCGGAGACGGCUGCGAAUCGGAUCUGCAAAGUGCUGGCCGUGAACCAGGAGAACGAGCAGCUCAUGGAGGAUUACGAGCGCCUGGCCAGUGAUCUCCUGGCGUGGAUCCAGCGCACGAUCCCCUGGCUGGAGUCCCGGGACCCCCAGAAGACGAUCCCGGCCAUGCAGCAGAAGCUGGAGGAUUUCCGGGAGUACCGGCGGGUGCACAAACCCCCCAAGGUGCAGGAGAAAUGCCAGCUGGAGAUCAACUUCAACACCCUGCAGACCAAGCUGCGCCUCAGCGGCCGCCCCGCCUUCAUGCCCUCCGAGGGAAGGAUGGUCUCGGACAUCGGGGCGGGCUGGCAGAGGCUGGAGCAGGCAGAGAAGGGGCACGAGGAGUGGCUCCUGACGGAGCUGCGGCGCCUCGAGCGCCUCGACCACCUGGCCGAGAAAUUCCGGCAGAAAGCCUCGAUCCACGAGGGAUGGACUGAAGGGAAGGAGGUUGCCCUCAGGGACCGGGACUACGGCUCGGCCUCCCUGGCCCAGGUUCGGGCCCUGCUCCGCAAACACGAGGCCUUCGAGUCCGACCUGGCCGCGCACCAGGACAGGGUGGAGCAGAUUGCAGCCAUUGCCCAGGAACUGAACGAGCUGGAUUACUACGACUCCUCGAGCGUGAACAGGCGCUGCCAGCGCAUCUGCGACCAGUGGGACCUGCUGGUCCUCACCCACAGCCGCAGGGACGCCCUGGAGAAAACGGAGAAGCAGCUGGAGACGAUCGACGAGCUGCACCUCGAGUACGCCAAGCGCGCCGCGCCCUUCAACAACUGGAUGGAGAGCGCCAUGGAGGACCUGCAGGACAUGUUCAUCGUGCACACCAUCGAGGAGAUACAGGGCCUGAUCUCCGCCCACGACCAGUUCAAGUCGACGCUGCCGGAGGCGGACAAGGAGCGGGAGGCGAUCCUGGCCAUCCAGCGGGAAGCGCAGCGGGCGGCCGAGCUGCACGGGAUCCUCCUGCCCCCUGGGAACCCCUACACCUCUGUCACCCCUCAGGUCAUCAAUGCCAAGUGGGAGAGGGUGCAGCAGUUGGUGCCCAAGCGGGACCAGGCGCUGCAGGAGGAGCAGAGCCGGCAGAAUUCCAACGAGCACCUGCGGAGGCAGUUCGGGAGCCAGGCCAACAGGGUGGGGCCCUGGAUCCAGACCAAGAUGGAGGAAAUCGGGCGGAUCUCCAUCGAGAUGAACGGCACCCUGGAGGACCAGCUGAGCCACCUCAAGGAGUACGAGCAGAACAUCGUGGAGUACAAACCCAACCUGGAGCUGCUGGAGCAGCAGCACCAGCUCGUGCAGGAGGCCCUGAUCUUCGACAACCAGCACUCCAACUACACCAUGGAGCACCUGCGGGUGGGGUGGGAGCAGCUGCUGACGACGAUCGCCCGCACCAUCAACGAGGUGGAGAACCAGAUCCUGACCCGCGACGCCAAAGGCAUCAGCCAGGAGCAGAUGCAGGAAUUCCGGGCCUCCUUCAACCACUUCGACAAGGACCAUGGGGGGUCUCUGGGCCCGGAGGAGUUCAAGGCCUGUUUGAUCAGUCUGGGCUACGACGUCGAGAACGACCGGCAGCCGAAGCGCCGCACGGACUCCAAGGACUUCCGCGCCCUGCUGGGCCCCGCGGGAUCCGGGCUGGUAACGCUUCCUUUUCUCUCUCUCCCCACUUUUUUUUCACCCUUUUCCGCCUUUUUUUCCCCUUUUUUGGGGAGGGGGGAGGGGAAU